AUGCGGGGAAGUCUUGGGUGGCCCCCGGCAGUCCAGGUGGCCAGUGGGGCCAUUGCAGGGGCCAGACCAGAGAUAAUGAGAGUGGACGAGGAUGCCUCUGUCUGUCCUCAGCUGCAGUCCAUCUAUCACGAGGCCUUCUCCAGCUUUCAGGGUGUCGGUGACCUGCUCUUUAGGCCUGACUCUGCAGCUGUGAAUGCCUCCCUUGUGUUUGAGGGCCCCGCCCCGGGCCCCUCUGCCUGUGAAGUCCUCUGGACUCUGUACCGCAAAGUGAAGGCCGCAGGGAAGAUGUUGGGGAACCUGUCCCUGGAUGAGAGCAGCCUCGCCUCUGAUGGGUCCAACCUGACCGACCUGGCCCUGGAGACCAUCAGCAUCCGUCUCACGGCCAUGAGGCCCUUCCAGCCCCCGCUCCUCCUGCCUGGCUCUGCCCCCUUUGUCCUGCUGGAAAAGACGAUCCUCCGACAGGUCACGCCCGUGGUGUCAGGAUUCUAUACAGCGCAUCCCCAGGAAGACCCCCUGCUCCUCUUCAGGCUUGGCCAAUCACCUGGCCUGGAACAUAAUGGAUCCUGCUGUCCAGAAAUCCAGCAUCAUGGCCAAUGGUGCUGACGCGGAAGGCCUGCUUCGGAGUGUCCAGGUACAGAGGUGCCCCUUCCCGUGGCUGCUCCCGCCACUGAAACCACCCUCCAAACCUCUCCUCCUCCCGCCCCGCCCCCAGCCUUCCACAGUCAGUGCCUCAACCCUGACAACGAGAGCCAGAGCAGGAAGGCACCACCUGAGGUCACACAGCAAGGGGGGCUUCUUCCCUCCUAGCUCAUCCAAGGACUAGACUCCCAGGGCCGCGACAGAGGCAGGGUGGGGGGGACAGCGCCUCACCUCCCAUACCAGGGACACCAGGCGUGCUCUAACCACGGCACCCACCUCCCCCCGGAAGGUCUGGGAAACUACUCGAUACCAUCGUCAUACUCAGGUCAGGCCCUGGGGAGCGGAACAGGGCAAGAUGAAGGCCUGCAGAAGAUGCGGGCAGGGGAACAGAGCUGGCGCCCUCACACCAGCCUGACACGGUGGUGGGGCUGGAGGUAUCAUUGGUCUCAAGCCAAACUCCGGUCCUUUUGGGGUAUGGAAAACUACAUGACACGGCGCAAUCAGAAGCUGGUACAAAAGACUGCUUUUGUUUCUAGGCAGUCAUCCAGCAUGAGGAC